AAAACACAAUUCCUAUUAAUUAUUAUAUAUACUAUUAUAAUAUACAAAUUACAAAGUUCUACACUCAAUAUAGCCGUACUAAAUAUUUCUAAGAAGGACUUUCAAAUUAAAUUUAUAUAUAUAAUUUACUCUCGAGUCAAAACCUUAUAA